AUGCCUUCUCCAGCGAAGCGCUACCUCAUCACCGGCGGUACCGGCAAGGUCGGCAGUCGCGUCGCCGAGCAGCUCGUCACCUCAGCCGGCGUCCCGGCGGCCGACGUCCUGGUCGCGACACGAGACCCGGCCAAGACCAAGGUGCCGUACGGGACCCUGGUCGCCUUCGACUGGUUCGACGAGACGACGUGGCCGGGGACGCUGGCCGGCGGGCCCGCCAUCUACAUCAUCAGCCCGGGGACGAUGGACCCGCUGCCGACGGUGCGGAAGUUUGUCGGCUUGGCUCGCGAGGCCGGAUCGCGGCGCUUCGUGCUGCAGAGCGGGAGUCCCGUGCCGGAGGGCGGCCCCACGACCGGGGCCAUACAGAGGUACCUCCACGAGCUCGGGGAUCAGGGGCUCAUCGAAUGGGCUUCCCUGAGGCCGACUUGGUUCCAGGAGAACAUGUCCGAGCAGGAAGCCAGGAGGAUUACCUUGAGGGACGAAGGCAAAUUCUAUUCAGCGGCAGGCGACGGCAGGAUCCCGCUCGUGUCUGUCCAUGACAUCGCGGCCGUCGCCGUGGUCGCGCUGACCCGGAAGGAGCCGCUCAACAGUGACCCCUUUGUUUUGGGCCCGGAGCUGCUUACAUAUGAUCAGGCGACAGCGAUCAUGACAGAGGUGCUGGGCAAGAAGAUCGAGCACGUCAAGAUUUCAGAGCAGGAGUUGGCGGAGCUGUGGGUCAAGGUCGGGCUCCCGGCCGAAUACGCCAAGAUCAUGGGGCAGAUGGACACGGGCAUUAAGCACGGAGCCGAGGAGAGAGAAAGCAAUGCGGUCGAGGUGCUGACCGGCAGGAAGCCUCGGACAUUUAGGGAGUAUGUCAUUGCUGAAAAGGCUUCUUGGCUUUGA